AUGGCAGCCCUCGACCACCUCGAAAGUCUCCCCGAAUCCGUACGAGAUUCGAAGCUACGCGUGGUAUUCCGUUUUGACGGGCAACAACAAUACAUCGUCCACCCCCGAGGAACUAGAGGCCGUCUCGAACAGAAAGAGGAUGUAUGGGUUCGAAUCAAGACGAUAGGCGCCGGUGGAUUCGGGUCAGUGGACUUGCAAUGCAGGGAGUCGACGCGAACGGGACUCCCAACACAGCUCCGGGCCGUCAAAAACAUCCGUAUUCCAGAAGCCGAGCUCUUGUCCAACCGCGACUUUUAUGUUCGCGAGCUCGAGACAAUUGCCAAAUUUUCUUCGUUGCGGUAUGGAGAUCUGUUUGUCAAAUCUCUUGGGUGGUUCACAAGCGAAGAUACUGUUCACAUCGCAAUGGAGUACUGCAAACUCGGGGAUUUGCAAAUGUUUCUCUUCGAUAAGUGCCCGGGCCAUCGACUUCCAGAGGACCAGACCCGCGAGAUUGCAUCUCAAGUCAUGGAAGCGAUUUCCAGCAUGCACGAGGAGUACUUUGCACAUCGAGAUAUAAAACCUGCGGAUAUGCUUCUUCCCAAGAACAUCCUUAUUCAAAGCCACCCGCCAGAGAGCCCUUGGGCAGUUAAGCUGGCUGAUUUCGGAAUCAGUCGACGUAGCUCGGGGCCUGAGAUGAAUUCAACUACAACAAGGCGCGGAACGCCUGUAUUCUGGCCUCCUGAACUCCAUGGAUUCGUGAUGAGUGAUACUGAAAGGUGCAGUAACCUCUAUGCCACUGACAUGUGGUGCUUUGGAGAGACUCUUUUCAGGGUCCUCACUGGCCAAGCCACAUUUGGAAAUGUGGCAAGGCUUUCAAAAUUUGCAUUCGGGCAGAUGAAAUUUCCUGAGACUAUUCUGAAAGACCUGUCAGUAAGUGAUGGGGGGAUUGCGUUCUUGAAAUCGCUCAUUGUCUGCAAUCCCACAGACCGACUCACCGCAUUGGAUGCACUAGAACAUCCAUGGUUCGACCAAGACAUCCCUAAUUCGUACGGGCAACAGCCCAACACGCCCCUUGCAGAUAACUCCAAUACCACUGAUAUA